AUGACUCGUAGCAUCGUCCUCGUCCACGGCCUGUCUCGGCCCGGCGACAUGCCGUGGACGGAGGCAGAGGACUGUACGCCUUGGCUCCGGCGGGACCUCUUCGAGAGGAGCAAUGCCCGCGUCAUCAGCUUCAAGUACGACGUCGAUUCAGGGGAGGGCGAGGCCGUGUAUACUCAGGCCGGGCUAGGGAUCGCGGCACGCCAGCUGCUGGAAAACAUCGCGUCUUUGAGAGAAACAGAAGUAUUGUACCGCCUCGGCAAACAGUGCUAG